AUGGCCGGUCAGAGAAAGAAGUCGGACAGCGCAACACUUGAGCAGGUGCCACCAGCGAAUCCUAUCCGCUCCGCUCUUCACUGGAAACAACGAAGCCGUUCCCCCCUCGCCACCGAGGCCGGCCGGGGAACAAACCUUGCUGCAGUCUUCAUUGCAGCACUCCUCUCCCCUGCCUCCACGGCCAGCCAGGAGGAGCAAAACAACCAUGGAACACCUGCAAAGAAAGAAGCAACUAUAGAGACCUUUAUUCAUCAUGAGGGGCUUCACCAUCCAAACAAAACCUCCAUCGCUCCCCCUCCUCCCCUCACCACCACGGUAGGCCAGAAGGAAGAGCAGCAGCAGGAGAGCAUCCCAGAUCAAAGGGUGGGUGAAACUGGCCUUAUUCGCGAAGAUCCCGUACCUGGUACUGCUCGUCAUCUGCUUCGACCACCGAAGGCCGACGCCAGCGCAGCACGCCCGCCGGAUGCACCAGUUCCGGCCAAGAAACACUGGCGCCCUACUCCAAUCUACCUGCAAACAGCUGAAAAACAAAAACCUACCCCUAUUCUCUACUCCAGCACCUCUCCUCCUCCAUCUCCGGCCGGCAAAGCCGCCGGGAAGGGCUCGGGAUCGUCCCGGUCGAACUUGGUCCGUACGGCCGUGGUUGCGGCUCGUCCCGGCCGCCGCUCCCCGGCCGGCUGCUCCCCGGCCCUCUCCACCCCCGGCCGGCUCGUCUCCGCCCCGGCCGUCCCGUCCCUGGCUGCCGGUCUCCGCCGGGCUCGCCCAACGUCACGCGCCUCCGCCGCCUGCCGUUCACCGCCGGUCGCCCUCCCGGCCGCCCACCCGCCUGAGUUUCCCGGCCGGCGCCCCGGCCGCUUGUCCGCCGCGUCCUCGUCCCGCAGUACUACUUUCGAUCGGGAGUUAGACCCGAUCCCGAUCUGA